UCAGGGUCAUGAGAAAAAUAGUAAAUAGAAUCGUCUUGUGUGGAAGAGCCGCUUACAUUAGGGUUAGGGUCUGCAAUCACAAACUGCACGUUGAUUACAAGUACGGUCAAUAACUGGAACUGGGCUCAUGUUAUCAUCAAUAUUUACAUAUAUAGAUAUAUUAGCCAGAUCAUUACAUUUCAGAAAGAACAGUCUUAUGCUUAGGCCAUGGCCAAUUAACUCCAUGACCUCUCUAAGAAUACUGAAGAAUUAUACUAGCCUACCAGAAGUAUCCCAAAGACACUCAUUCAGCAGAAUGGACAGUUAUUAUUAUAGGUAAAAUUAUUGCUAAUGCAUUGAUGUCUGAAUAAAUGCAGUAGUCCAGAGUAAAAGAAUGUCCUAAAUAUCUCUGGCACAGGUGCAUGAAGUAAAUAACAAACACACGUGCUUACUAAUGGAGUUAUUACUGAAGGAAAGUGGACACUCGGUACGUUUUCCCAUCUGACGUGAACGCAGCAUUCAUUUUCUUCCCUUUCCUCUUCUCUCCACAGGGCAGCGGCGGGGGGCGGCUAGUUCCUGGAAGAGCCGGCCUGCCUGCAGAGUCACUCACAUUCCUGGCUGGGAUUCAAUGACUGAGCCAGACACACAAACACAGAGGGGGGGUGGAGAUAGAGAGUGGGGGAGAAAGAGCGAGAGAGGGAGGGAGGGCCGGAGAGAGAGAGGGAGAGGGAGAGAGGGGGAGGCUGGCUCUCAGACGUCUCUCCCUCAGUCACAGUGAACCGCGGGGGCAGACGCAUCGCAGCGCAGCGCUCCACCACAGCGGAAAGAGCCUGAAAUAAGGACCGUUUUAUCCGCACAGCUCCUGUCUGAAUUUCGGCCUUCUCGGUUUCGGGGCUCGACGGGCGGAACUUGUGCGGAGUUUGAAGAGGUGUUUCUUCCGAUAUGGACAGUCGGCGCCCCGCUGCUGGGAGCGUCUGGCCGGUGUUCAGUCAGUAGUCACGGGGAUAAAAGUGAAAACUCGCCCUGUGGGACUUUUUACCGGAUGUUUGAUGAAGCGCUUCUCUGUUCGGAUCACUUCUCGGACACCGUGGAUUUACCGGGCUCACACACGCAGACAGAAUCGCGAUUCUCAGGCGCCGACCAGAAGUAUUUACGCUUCUAAAGUUGCAGGAACAACAUGGAGACCGUAAGCCGACAGAGCUUCCAGCCUCACCCGGGACUGCAACAAACUCUCAAGCAGUUCCACCUCAGCUCCAUGAGCUCCCUGGGCGGACCGGCGGCCUUCUCUGCCCGGUGGCAACAUGAGCUGCUCUUCAAGAAGGAGGGCAAGGAGCCCGAGCCGGUUCUGCAGCAUCUGCCGCCUCCGGUGAUGCCGGGCCCGCUGUUCAUCCCGUCGGACCGCUCCACGGAGAGGUGCGAGACGGUGCUGGAGGGCGAGACCAUCUCCUGCUUCGUGGUCGGCGGGGAGAAGCGGCUGUGCCUGCCGCAGAUCCUCAACACGGUGCUGCGGGACUUCUCGCUGCAGCAGAUCAACUCGGUGUGCGACGACCUGCAUAUCUACUGCUCGCGGUGCACGGCGGACCAGCUGGAGAUCCUCAAAGUCAUGGGGAUCCUGCCCUUCUCGGCGCCGUCCUGCGGCCUCAUCACCAAGACCGACGCGGAGCGGCUCUGCAACGCCCUGAUCUACGGAGGCGCCUACCCGCCGCGCUGCAAGAAGGAGCCGAGCGGAGGCUCGCUGGAGCUAGAGCUAACGGAGAGGAGCUUCAAGGUCUACCACGAGUGUUUCGGCAAGUGCAAGGGCUUGUUCGUGCCGGAGCUGUACAGCAGCCCCAACGCACCGUGCAUCCAGUGCAUGGACUGCAGACUCAUGUACCCGACCCACAAGUUCGUGGUGCACAGUCACAAGGCACAGGAGAACAGGACUUGCCACUGGGGCUUCGACUCGGCCAACUGGAGGGCGUACAUCCUCUUGGGCCAGGAUUACUCGCUCAAAGAGGAGAAGGCUCGCCUGGAGCAGCUCCUGGACGAGAUCAAGGAGAAAUUCGACUUCGCCAACAAGUACAAAAGGAAAGCAUCGUCCAGGGCCUCCGAUCCCAUCCCGAUCAAAAAGUCCAAAUAUGACGACUUCCCAUCGCAAGCCGUGCUGGCGGACAAAGAGAAGCAGCACGACUGGCUCCAGUCCCUGUCUGCCUCCAAUAAGGGGCCCAACUGCAUUCAGCCCAGACAGAGGCCCUCAGCUUUCAGACCCUGGUCCCCCCACAUCUCCGCUGGGGACAAGGAGGCAUCCAGUCACCCUCUGGCCCUGCUGAGAGACAGCUUCUACAACUACAAGAGUCUGGAGAAAGCCGUGGCCCCCAAUGUCGCCCUGGCACCACUGGCCCAGGGGAAGGUGGGCCCUAUGUCGCCGUCAGUAUCCAGCACCUCCCAUGCAAGUGGGGGUGAACCCCCAGGCGAGGGCGCCAACUCCAGGCCCCGCAAGAGGAGAGCCUCCGGGGAGCUGCAGGCCCCCUGCCCUCCGUCCUCAGCUGCCAGCAAGCCGCCGGAGCCCCAGGCCGACAGGGACUCCGAGGUGGAGGUGGAGGUAGAGAGCCGCGACGAACUCACCUCGUCCCUGUCCUCUCUGUCGUCCCCGUCCUUCACCUCCUCCAGCAGCUCGGCCAAGGACCUGAGCUCGCCGGGGGCCCGGGGGCCCAUCUGCAGCGCCACGUCGGUCGAGGCCACCACCCCGCCGGCCGCUCCCGUCUCGGCCCCCGCGCCCCCGUCGGAGCUGGGGCUGGAGUCGGAGCUGGAGAGCCUGAGGCAGGCGCUGGACAGUGGACUGGACUCUAAAGAGUCAAAGGAGAGGUUUCUGCACGAGAUCGUUAAGAUGAGGGUGAAGCAGGAGGAGAAGUUGGGCUCGGCCCUGCAGGCCAAACGCAGCCUCCAGCAGGAGCUGGAGUUCUUGCGAGUGGCCAAGAAGGAGAAGCUGCGGGAGGCCACCGAGGCCAAGAGAAACCUGAGGAAGGAAAUCGAGCGCCUGCGGGCCGAGAGCGAGAAGAAGGUGAAGGAAGCCAACGAGUCGGGGGUCCGCCUGAAGCGGGAGCUGGAGCAGGCCCGCCAGCUCCGAGUAUGCGAUAAAGGCUGCGAGGCCGGGCGCCUUCGAGCAAAGUACUCGGCACAGAUCGAGGACCUCCAGCUGAAGCUGCAGCACGCCGAGGCGGACCGCGAGCAGCUCCGAGCCGACCUGCUGCAUGAGCGGGAGGCCAGGGAGCACCUGGAGAGGAUGGUCAAGGAGCUACAGCAUCAACUCUGGCCCAAAUGCAACAUUGCCAAGGAGGUAACGCCAGCUGAAAAGUAAUUCGGCCAACCUCACCGACUGGCGAAUUACCCCCAGCCCCGCCCUGCCGCCCCCGUCCCCGCCCCCAACACCACCUGCCGAGGUCAGACCAUAAACACACCCAGCCGCACUGCUGUCUAUCACGCUCGCCCUCCACAAUGCACCGAUGACAAAGAGAAGCAACCAGGACCAGGUCCUCAUUCCUGCCCAAAGUCAAGUGAGGAAGGGUCCUGGGACUGCAUCGAGGGACUGCAGGUGUUUCUAAAUCAAGCACUGACUUGCACCUUCCGAUCAAACACCAAUUAAAGCAAAGCAACACAACGUGGGCUUGUGUCUGACAAGGAAAUGAGGCGAGGCUCUUGGGACGGACGUCUGGGAUGGUAGAUCCUGGGAGAGGGUCGUAUCCCAUUGGAGUGAUCCAGGAGGGCGGGCUCUCCCUCUCUGCCACCAUCCAUCGCCAUGACGAGGAGGGUGGAGGCCUCUGAGGACAAAAUGUAAAGACAAAAAGGACAGUUUCAUUAUCUCUAUGUGCUAUUGAGGUUUGAAAAAUGUAAAAUAAAAAUCAGAAGAUGAACAGAACAAGCAAACAAACUCCCCACUGUGGUUUUUUCAGGACGCCAUCGCAAUCCACCGUCGAGGAAGUUCAAGCGACCUGUCUUGUCCUCCCAAUGUUAUUUUCUUAAUCGAGUAGUUCAUGGGCUGGUACUUCUCCUUGGUGGGUUAGAAAUAGGAAAUAAAAACAUGCUGGGAUCGGGAUGAUACCGAGUCACACACCUCAUGGAUAUUUGAAGCAUUUGGGUCAAAACCCUGAUGUGUGUAUCUUGAAAAGAUCAAAACUCCAGUGAGUGGGCCCAGUUUGCUCAAGUGAUGAAAGGCAGCAUGUUUUUACUCCAACUCAAUCAGACAGCAUCCUCCAUGCCAUGGGGGGGGGGGGGGG